AUGUUGACGGUUGAUGAGUCGUGGGUUAAUGUGCAGCAGAAGACAUUCACAAAAUGGCUCAACAAUAAGUUAAAAGUGAGGGACAUUGUCCUGAAUAAUUUGGUACAGGAACUUUCCAAUGGCGUUACCCUUAUCCAUCUCCUCGAGAUCCUCGGCGGAGACUCGCUUGGUCGAUACGCCGCCAACCCGAAGCUUCGAGUACAAAAGUUCGAAAAUGUCAACAAAAGUCUCGACUUUAUCAAGGGGCGCGGAAUCCAAAUGACCAAUAUCGGUGCGGAGGACAUUGUCGAUGGUAACCAGAAGAUUGUCCUUGGUUUGAUUUGGACGCUUAUUCUCCGAUUCACCAUCAGCGAUAUCAAUGAAGAGGGUAUGACAGCGAAGGCGGGUCUCCUGCUUUGGUGUCAAAGAAAGACCGCCUGCUACGAGGACGUGGAGGUUCGAGACUUCUCGUCUAGUUGGAACGACGGUCUCGCAUUUUGUGCUCUUUUAGAUAUCCACCGUCCGGACCUGAUCGACUAUGAUUCGCUGGACAAGAAUGACCACCGCGGAAAUAUGAAACUGGCCUUCGAUAUUGCUGCGAAUGAAGUUGGCAUUCCCGAUCUUCUUGAUGUUGACGACGUCUGUGAUGUUGCCAGGCCCGAUGAACGAUCGUUGAUGACUUACAUUGCGUACUGGUUCCAUGCCUUUUCUCAGCUUGAGAGGGUAGAGAAUGCAGGUCGUCGAGUUGAGAAGUUUGUUAACAACAUGCACGGAGCAUGGGAGAUGCAAAACUCGUACGAGAAGAGAAUGAGAGAACUCUUACGCUUGAUUAAGACUCAGCGCGAGGACUGGACGAACUCGUCUUUCGAAGGGACAUACAAGGAUGCUAAGGAGCAGGCCUCCCAGUUUGCCAUGUAUAAGCGGAAUCAGAAGCGCCAGUGGGUGGCUGAAAAGUCAGAUCUCGCAGCUCUUCUGGGGAAUAUAAAAACGAAGCUUAGCACAUAUCGCCUGCGGGCCUACGAUCCACCGCCAGACUUAUCUUCCGAAGCCUGCGACCAGGAGUGGGAAUGCAUGACCCGUGAUGAGCAUGAACGGAGUCAACUCAUUAACGAGACCAUUCGAGAUAUAAAGAAUGCUCUGCGGCGUUCCUUUGCUGACAAGGCGAAUGACUUUGCCCUGACACUUAAGACCCUGUCUCUUGCGAUCUCGGGUCUGGAUGGGGAUGUUGCAGAUCAACUUGCCCAUGUCAAGAGACUUAAUGAUAACUUGCCGCCCCUUGAUGCUUUCCUGGAGACUAUUGCAGACCUGGAGGAGCAGUGCCAGGAAGCGAAUGUUGAAGAGAAUGAUUACACAACUUUUACACUGGAUGAACUCGCUUACGAGCUGAGCCUCGUCAAAUCAAGCAUAUCCAAGAAGAUGGCUUUCCUGGACAACCAACUUGUUGCGCGGAACAUGACGAAUCUCACGCCAAUUCAACUAGAAGAGUUUGAAUCAGUAUUCCGACAUUUUGACCGCGACUCUUCCAAUACGCUUCAAGAGCUGGAAUUCUCAGCCGCUUUGGCUAGUUUGGGUCUUGUGUAUGACGAGGAGGAGAUGCACGAGGUUUACGUGGAGACUUGCGGUCCUACUAGACUGUCCCAGAACGGCGGUGUCAGUUUCGAACAGUUUAUUCGUUUCAUGGUCAGCGUAACAGAGGACCAGAAUACUGCAGAGCAGGUAUUCCAAAGUUUCCGCGAGGUUGCGGACGGCAAACCCUAUGUCACAGAGCUUGACCUUCGACAUUCACUCAUACCAGACGAGAUCAUCGAACAUCUUGUCAAGAGUAUGCCUCAGCAUGACGGCCCGGAUCUUUUGGAGGACAGGGAGCUCCCAAAAUACGACUAUAUCAGCUUCAUGGAGAAGAUGAUGGAUGAGAAUAAAAACCGCGCCGCUAUUAAUGGUGCCGAGUGA